AAUCGAGUAUCAUACAGAAUUCAAUUUGCACCUUCUCUAUAUUUUACACUCUCUGGUUCAACGAGGUUGAAAGCUCACCAAGAGAGGACUUAUUUUUAGAUGUCUGUCUUAGAUUUUUUAUGCAUUUGCCCAUAAAAUGUAUUACAAUUCGGUAACAAUAUACCUGUAUUUGAUGUUUACGAUAUUUCAAGAUAUCGAUAAUAUCAUCCUCUGUACCAUCUCUAGGUGAAUGCUAAAAAGUAUCCAUGGUUGUAAUUGACGGUAUUUGCAAAAUGUCAAAGCAAUAUGGUCUCAUUAUCCCUGGACAACAAAGAAAACAAGAUGAGCCGACCACAGCUGCUCGGCCAAUAUCUAAACCAUCUAUAUUUGAUGAAAGCUCCUCGGAUGACGAAAGCAGACCACAGUUUAAGCCCCGCACAAGUAUAGUACAAGGACCUAGUUUGAUGGAACGACGAAUAGCACGUACUAUGCAGGAGAAGGCACUAAACGAAGACCCUACAGUUUUUCAGUAUGAUGAACUUUAUGACGAAAUGGAAAAUAAGCGAGAACAAGAACUAGAAGUUAAAAGCAAAGAACCGAAGAAGCCCAAAUAUAUUGGUCGCUUAAUGGAGUUCGCUGAACGUCGUAAGUUGGAAAACGAGCUAAGGGUGGAGAGGCAAGUCCAAAAAGAACGUGAACAGGAGGGUGAGGAAUUCAAAGACAAAGAAAGUUUUGUAACCUCUACUUAUCGAAAGAAGUUAGAAGAAAUGAGAAAAUUGCAGGAGCAAGAAAAGCGUGAUGAGUACCUAGAAGCAAUCGGUGAUGUGACAAAGCAAAAGGAUUUAGAUGGAUUUUAUCGGCAUUUAUUUGAACAGAAAACAGGUUCAGCAAAAGAGGUUAAGAAACCGGACAUACCCGUUGUUACGUCUGCAGGCGAUGAAGAUGAUAUAGCAUUUAAACCAAUAAAGUCUGGCAAAAUCCCACAGCAACGAACCUACCGCAAGCGUCGUGCUUCCGAUGAGAUGGAGGAGAAUGAUGGCGAAAAUGCAGAAAACGAAACUAAAAAGGUGCAUUUACCAAAUAAUAUAGAUGCAGAUUCGGAUUUUAGCAUUGAUUCAUCAUCUGAUGGUGAAGAGGCAUCUAAAGAAUAUGUAGGAGAUAAAAUGGUUGAGAAGCCCAUAGGAUUAGCAGCGCACAUUAGCGCAACCACAACCGCUUUAAAUUUGGAUGCAUUAAAGAAAGAAAAACCUGACGAAAAAACCGAAGAGAUUGAUUCAAAAACCGAGCUGAAUGCUCCAAUAGUAUCAAGCGAAACCUGUGAUUUAGUCGAAGUAAAACCCAAGGUCAAAAUAGAUAAGAGGGCAAUAUGGAAGAAACGUACUGUUGGCGAAGUUUAUGAGGCGGCCGUGCAACGUUAUUAUGAACGACGAGCAGCAAGGAGGGCAUAAACCGAUUAUGUAGUAAUAAGAUUAGUCAAGAUUAAAUGGAUCAAUUUAUUUUUUUAUAAGUUAAUUAAAUAAUUAACCUCCGAAUACAUUAAAAAAAAUAA